UCAUUUUGACUAUUGCGCCAUUCCGAACAAAUAAAUUGUACUCUUCGAAACUACGAGAAAAUUCAAACGAAAUGAGCUUACUUGGUAAUGAUAGUGACUCGGACAACGACUCCUUUCACUCCUUCAACCAGAGCGAGACGUUCCUCGACAACCUAAGCCUCUCGCUCUCGCUGAGCGAUUGCGACAGCGCCGCGGACCUUGAAUCCGGAUCCGAGCAUGAGACUUCCGUGGAGAAUGUGGGGAGCACGGUCGAGGACCCCGAUCAGCUGGCCCAGGCCGUCUCCCUGAAGCCAAAGUUGACCAAUUCGGAGAUCCAUUCGAGUGACUCCUCCGCCUGUGAUGGCGUAUCGACCGGCAAGGCCUCCGAGGUGGUAGGGCGCUUCAAGACUCCCAAAAAGUUCACCAUCUCGCCGAUUAGUCAGCAGAAGCAGGAUCCCGUGCUCUGUUGCCCCAGGGAGGUGCCGCAACUGGCCUCAAAUCAGAUGCCCAGCAAGGACCUCUUCAACCUGGAUCAACCGGUCCUGAAGGAGCACCUGACCAUCAAUCGCCACACUGCGGCUAUGCAGAAGUAUGCCUUCACCAAGAUUUGGGUCGGGUCACAGCAGGGUCCUGACCAGCUCAAGUUUUCCCGCUUGCGGAAGUUUUCUGUGGCCCUGGAGGCCUAUUUCGACAAGGAUUCUUCUAAACAUAUGGAUGAUAGUAACUUGAAGUCUGAGCAGAAGGAGCCAGAAAAGACCACUGAGGCUUCUCUGAAAGAUAACAACUCUGUGAAGGAGUAUGUGUCUCCCUUCCCGAAUAAGCCAGUGCAACCAGCUCCGAAGGUAUCGCCCCUCUUGAAGGGCGUUAAAGGGCCGACUAUAGUGCCAGCUGGUUUUGAUUUGAGCCAAUUGGUGGAGUUUAAGAAUCCCAAUCACUGGCAUCGCCGUCCCCAUAUGUGCACUGGCGAUAGCAUCUACUAGACGUUGCUUAACUAGUUUUAUAUCAGUAUAUUGCCAACAACUCAACUGUUAUUGCAUUAUCAUAACCAUCACCACCGCUGGACGAUUUGGGAUUUAUUCUUUUAGCUGUUGUUAUUCUUCAAUAAAGGAUUGGAAACUACCAAAGCAAUUGGAGCGCCGAA